GUACCGCUGGACGCGGGAGGAUGAGCCCUUCAUGCCCGAGGGCCACCUGGGAGUGACGGUGGCCCCAGGCUCGGGGACCCUCGUCAUCAACGCCAGCCUGGCUGGGCGCCUGCAGGGCCGCUACCGCUGCUUCGCCACCAAUGCCCUGGGCACCGCCGUGUCGCUCGAGGCGCGUGUCAUCGCUGAGAGACACCUCCUGGGCAACACUGUGUCCCCUAAGGUGCCCGUCAUCACUGAGAUGUUCCCCCCCGCCACAGGCAUCAUGCACAUUGCACAGGACCAGCGAGUGAGCAUGGGACAGGAUGGCUACCUGUACUUCGCCAACGCACUGACCGCCGACUCGCACCCCGACUACAUCUGCCACGCACACUACCUGGGGCCCCGCACCAUCAUCCAGAAGGAGCCCCUCGACCUCCGCGUCGCCCCCAGAGGGCUGGGGAGGGAAUGCAAGACUUGGGGGGAUUUUGGAGGGUUUAGGGGUCCAGGUGGUCCAUCCAUGGCCCCUGACGCCCCCCCAGAGCUGCCGGUGAAGAUCCUGACAGCGGACGAGACCCACUACGCCGUGGUGGAGAACCGCACGGUGUUCCUGCACUGCUGGGUCUUCGGGGCCCCUGCACCCUCCGUCGAGUGGCUGACACCAGAGCUGGAGCCGGCCCUCCAGGAUGACCGGACCUUCCUCUUCACCAACGGCACCCUACGCCUGGGCCCGGUGGCCCGGGGCGAUGGGGGGCCCUUCGCCUGCCGGGCCCACAAUGCCCACAGCAAUGCCACCAUCAUUGCCCACCUCGAUGUCAAAGCGGCGACACGCAUCGAGACACCCCCACAGAGCACGACAGCAAAGAAGGGUGAGACGGUGACCUUCCGCUGCGUGGCCGCCUUUGACCCCGAGCUGGCGCCCCGCGGCCUCGAGUGGCGCCGGGAUGGGCAGAUCCUGCACGAGACAGCUGACAGUGACAAGUACUCGCUGGCCGGGGACACCCUGACAGUGGCCGGGGUCGACUACCCUGACCAGGGCACCUUCUCCUGCCGCGCCUGGACCCCCCUUGACUCUGCCGAGGCCUCGGCUCAGCUCCGCGUCGUUGGCCGGCCAGGCCCCGUGCGGGAGCUGCAGGUGCUGGAGGUGGGUGAGCGCCGGGUGCGGCUCAGCUGGACCCCGGGUGACGAGCACAACAGCCCUGUGGAGAGUAAGGAGGGGCCCGCUGUCGUCGUCGGCUACUCGGGCGAGGACCUGCCGCUGGUGUAUCCUGAAAACGUCGGGGUGGAGAUCCUGAACAGCACCAGCGUGCGGGUGCGCUGGAGCCUGGCUGGGUCCCCCCAGGACCUGCGGGGACACCUCCGGGGCUUCCGGGGGGGCUGGCGCCCGGGGGGCCGCUACCGCCUGCAGGUCGUCGUCUUCAAUGGGCGGGGAGACGGGCCCCCCAGUGACGAGAUCCGCUUCGAUACCCCCGAGGGAGGUGAGGGACCCCCACCCUGGCACCCCCAAACCCUCCUGGGGACCCCCAAAAUCUCCUGGGGGGCAGGCGGGCAAAAUCUCUGCUGGGGGCUGGGGGCAGUGUUGGGGGGCCCUGGCCAUGGGGAACUGGCUGUGACUCCCUGGGGGUGCUCGCCCCCUGCAGCGGCUGAGCCCUGGCGCACCUCGGGCCGUGUCAACUCCACGCUGGGGCUGUACCGCCUGGGGGACCUGCGCCCCGGCACCUCCUACCGUGUCCAGUUCGUGGGGCGCAACCACUCAGGCGAGAGCGUGGCCUUCUGGGAGAGCGAGGUGCACACCAACGGCACCUUGCUGCCCACCCCUGCGGGCGGCUUCGCCACUGAGGGCUGGUUCAUCGGCUUUGUCAGUGCCCUGGUGCUGCUGCUGCUGCUCCUCCUCAUCCUCUGCUUCAUCAAGCGCAGCAAGGGGGGCAAGUAUUCGG